AUGGGCCGCGAACUGCAAAAGAAGAAGAACCGCUCGGGCAUCAACAAAGUCCGCCAAAAGCCCAAGAGCAAGAAGAAGAUCCUGACCAACCCCAUCAUCGCCGAGAACUGGGACAAGUCGCAAUCUUUGGCGCAAAACUACACACGACUCGGCCUGACCGCAAAGCUCAACAAAAACACUGGCGGCGUAGAGAGGAAAGUGUCAGACGUCCUCGACGAGACCGCGCGAGCAGGUGAUGCCUUGCACAUUGCGAAUGCCUCGAAACGGAAAGAACAACUCGACGUCUCGGAAGCGAAGAUCGAGCGCGAUCCAGAAACUGGCAAGAUCCUCCGAGUCCUCGACGACGGCCGCAACACUGUCCGCUCGAAUCCCUUGAACGACCCCCUCAACCAUCUCGACUCCGACGACUCCGAAGACGAAGUUCUCAAUCACCGGAACCAGCACGCGACAGACGGAUUUGGCGGUGCAGCAGGAGACGACGAGGAAAGCAAGACAGAGACCGUACGAAGGUUAGAAGAGGCGGCGAACCGACCUGCGAAGAAGUUCAAGAGGAGGAUGCCGGAUGGCGAGGUAGAGUUUGUGGAGGAGCUGGUGAGGAAGUACGGGGACGACUACGGGAAGAUGGCGAGAGAUCAUAGGAUCAAUUACAUGCAACGGAGUGAGGGCGACAUCAAGAAGAGGAUCAAAAAGUGGAGGGAGAAUGGUGGAACGCUUGAGUUAGCAAGGGCCUAG